AUGUCACACACACACCCCCUGUGCCAUGCCCUGUCCCCACGUCACCAUGUCACAAACCCCCUGUGCCAUGCCCUGUCCCCAUGUCACACUCACACCCCUGUGCCAUGCCCUGUCCCCACGUCACCAUGUCACAAACCCCCUGUGCCAGGCCAGCUCUGUCCCCAGGUCACACGCACGCCUGUGCCCGCCUCGCACACACCCAGGCCAGCCCUAUCCCCAGUGCAUCGCGACGCGGCGUCCGGUCCCCUUCACCCGGCAACCAAUCGGCGGAGGGGACGGCCCGAUGGAGCCACGCCCACCUCCCUUCAGCACCUCCCGCUCCAGGGCGCGGCCCGGGGCCGCCCCUCAGGAGCCGCUCCCCGCCUGCCGGCGCUCCGGGGGAUGGUCCCUGUUCCGCAUCCUCCUCAUCCUCGCUGCCUUCCUCACCUUCCCCCUCCUCGGGGAAACCCCCAGGAACGGCUGAGGGAGCUGGAGGUCUAUGCCCUCCUUCGUAGCCUCACAGUGCCCAGGGCACUGCUCACAGAAAUAAAUGAAUAAACCCCACCCACCUGCUGCUGCUGCUGCUGCUAAAGCCACUAAUUCUCUCCAAAACACCACAAAUUGCAGCCCGAGACUGGAGGUUCACCCAGCCGAAGUGCUUUGAUAGAGCAGUCUGGAGUACAACUGUACCUGCAAGGAGUUUGCUUUUUAUUUGCCAAGCCACAGCAGCUUUAUGUGGUGGCUGGCUUGCAAAAGGAGUUAUAAAGAGGAUUUUCUUGAUAGAGCCUUUAACCAACAAUUCAUUUUAACAAGGGAAUGACAAGCCAGCUGCCUAUUCAGAAAUGGAGUUCUGCACCAGUAGCCCUGCUAAAAAAAGCUUUAAAAGGGCUGAGGGGCCACCUGAGCCUCCAUAAACUUCAGGGUUUUACAGCACCGAAGUGCUAUCGGAGCAGUUUCCUCCAUCUUUUGCUGCAUUGAUAAUCAUUUAUUUCUGUGGACUCUGAGGAAAAUCCCUUAGGAGAAGGGACAUAAAAAUAUACUGAUAACAAAAUACAGCUGUCUGCUUGUCGUCUCCAAAGUCCUCUGACUACAGCUUACAUGUGCAAUGCCCUGUGUCUUGCUGGAUGGUUUUUUUCUUUUUGAGCGGGGAGGAAGAGAGAGUUAAUCCUGCAAGAAGCGUAGAUUACAUUUCAAAAACCACUGUAAAAAAUUUUGCAGUAAUUUUCAGUACAAAUCAUAUUUACCUCCAGCAUGAGCCUCAUGAAAGUAAAUAAGAAAAGAAAUAUAUAAACACGUGCCAAUAUAAAACAGCCCAAGUAUUCCAAGGGACAGCAAUCAUAAAAAUUACAGUGGGAUAAAUCUCAUAUGACUGCUUUGGUUUGCAGGCUGCAUCUUGCUGGUUUUGCAUUUUGGAGCUGGAGAAAUACUGCCUAAUCAAUACGUGCCUUAUUCGUACAAUAAUAAUGCUGCACAUUCUCUUGGGACAUUUUUCUUCUGAGGAAUUUGAGCUGUUGCAAACCUUCUCAUUGUGUGCAGCAG